UCCAAGCGGUACAGACCGGUCCAUUCCCCAAAUAAAAAAGAAAACGCACACACAAAAACGCGGGUGUGAGUGCGUAAUAGCAGCGCGUACGUAUGAGAGUGAGUGUGAGUGUGCGUGUGUAUGUACGCGGGCGAAGUACUCGUCGUAUAGUCGUAACAUGUAAACACGGCACUUAACGUUAUUGAAAGCAAGGAUGAAGAAAGUGACAUAUUGAAAGUGAAGUUUUAUAAAACAAAAAGCAAAAAAUAACACUAAAGCAACGGCGUCCUGCCGGGAAAGGAUAUACGAUCAUGCAUGCAUACAUACAUACAUAAAUAGAUAUGUUUAUGAGUAAAAAGGAGGAAGCGUAUUCAUCCUGCAGGCUAUCGAAGUUAAGGCUAAGGACUUUGCAGUGCUAGUGAAGUGAAUUAAGCAAAAAGUAAUGGAAAAGCGCAAACAAAAAAUAUGUGGCAACAUUAAUUUUUAAAUAAAGAAGUAUAUUCCUGCCGCAAAAUGCGCGCUUUAUGAAAUAAAAGAGAAAAAAAACAAUAAAAUAAUUUCCUCUUCCCAAAUGGGUACAUUUCCGCAUUAAGAACUGUAAUCAAAAGUAAAAAGAAAAAUACCCAGAAAUUGCACCUAAUCUCCGCUGCAAUCAAAUAAAAAACAACAACAACAACCAAAUCACACAAAACAGCAAUCAUGGAUGCCAGCAGCAAUGCCACCCCCAUAAAUCAAAUCACUUCCACUGCCAGCGCCAAAGCUAAUGCUAAUGCUAAUAGCAGCAACAGCAACAACAACAACAAAACUCACAACACCAUCGCUUCCAGCAAGAACAUUGCAAAUGCCUCGCUUGUCUUCGAGAACGGCACAAUCAUGGGUGCCGUCUACGAGUACAACACGAGCUACAAUAACAGCUACAACAAUUGCAACAGCAAUAGCAACAUCAACAGCAUUAGUAGUCAUAGGAAUAGCAGCUAUUACCAAGAGCCGGAAGGGCAGUUUGCCAGCAUACCGGAGAUUGUAAUCAACAGCAGCUACAACAGCCACCAGAAUCUCCACCACCACCACCACCACCAGCAACAGCAACAGCAACAGCAGCAGCCGCAUCAAAUUCAACAAACUGAGGCCCAUAUGGCCGAUACAGUCGGCAAUUGCGAUGAUUCUGCCAUUGAAAGCACAGCACUGCUCUGCGCCACAGAGACCAAACUCACAACCGGCAAAAUGAAUGGCGUUGAAGAUAUGCGUACGGUUGAGGCGCUCGACGACGACGUUGCUCAUCUGGCCCCCGAUGAUUUUGAACAAUUCCUGCUGAAUCGCAGCACCUCCGAUAGCAACAUACUCGAGUCGAGCAUUUAUAGCGAACUCCAAUUUCCGCCCUCAAUCGGUAGUUUGAGCAUAGGUGGCGGCAGCAUUGUUGGCGGAGGUAGCGUAGGCGGUUAUAUGGGCACCACAUCCAUGGCACAACAAUACCAACUGGCUGCCGCACGCGCUCAACUACAAAUGCCACCAUUGCCAACUGUGAAUGCAGCAAAUGCAGCUGCUGCUGCCGCUGCCGCCAGCGUCAUUACUACCGCCCCCACUGCAAACGCACCGGCUAAUGUAGUCGAGUUGGCCGAAUUGCUGAAUACGAGCACCUGUUCGCGUGAGUCAUCGUCGCGUGCCAACAAACGUUCGCGUACGCGCAAGUCGCACAAAUCGAGCAGCAAAGCGAAAUGGAAUGCCAAUGUAGCGGCUGCCAAUGCCGCACAGGGGGCAGCAACAGCCGCCGCCUCCUAUCCACCACAAUAUACAGCCAUCUUUCUGGAUCAUGGCAAUGUGACGGCAGCUGCCAAUGCAAUGGGACAGAUUGCAAGUGCGGCAGCAGCCGGUUCGCCAUUCUUAAAUGCGCCAAUUGUGGAUGCAGCAACGGCUGCUGCAUACCUGCAACAGCAGCCAUAUCAGCUGAUAACCACAGCGACGGCACCAUAUGCACAUCUCGGCAGGCAUCUGCACCACAGACGCUUCCUUGAUACACCCACCGCUGUUGUGGACAAUCCGGCUGGCGUCGUUGUUGGCGCUGCGGCUGGUGGUGCGGGUGCAGGUGCGGGUGCGGUUGGUGGUGGUAGUGCGGGCACAGCCACCAGUAAUACGAUGGUCGGUGGUGCAGCCAAUGCCGUGAGUUCCACCUUCCGUAAAUGCUUCUCACGCCCUAUUGUACCCUUUAUUAUCGGCAUAUUCGCACUUGGUGGCGCUGCGUGUACGCUGGGUGGCGUUGUGCUGGGCGCGACGGGUCUCAUUGAGCAUACCACCCAGUAUUUAAGCGCCUCAUUGCUGAUGAUCGGCAUUGGGCUGUCACUGCUCAUUGUGGCCGGCAUUAUUUGGCGUUUGAGUUCACCCGGUGAUGGGGAUGAGUGUCCCUGCUAUCGCCUGAUGGAGACUUGCCGCAAUUGUAACAGUCCCUAUUGUAAUAAUCGUAUACUGCCCGGUGGUUAUUUGUAUCCAGAAUUUCAGCAUCGACCGCCACCGCCAUCCUAUUUGACGUCAUUGCACGAGUGUGCGGCCAUUGGUUUAAUCAAUGGUGCUGUCUACAGCGGCUUACGCAUGAAUACACCACCGCCUUUAUAUCGUUCCACGAACUCAUUAAGUGUUUUUGUGCCCGGUUCGAAUAGCAGUACACACACGCUUACAACAAAUACAUCAACAACGACAUUCACACCCACCACAGUGAUGCCAAACAACAACCAACCGCCACAAACGGGGCCACCUAAUUAUAUGCCACCUGUUGCGCUUCCCAACAAUAAUACGGCGACAGCAGCAGAGCUGCUGCCCGAACAAACAGCGCUCAUUGAAAAUUUACAAACACAACAGGCGGUACAAACGUUGACCAAAGAGAUCAAUUAUCUGGAAUUGGACUAAGUAAAAACUAAUCGCACCAAUGUAACUGUACAUAAAAUCAAACGUUUAGCCCUAAGUAUACAUACAUAUGACAAAGUGAAUUUACUAUUUAAAAUAAAAAGUCACUAACUACAUAACUAUGUAUGUAUGCAGAAAAAAAUCAAAUCGCUAUGUGGAAGGCAACUGCAAUUCUAUCUAUAUCUCUACAUGCAUAUUCACAUGGAAAAUGUUUGGCAGGCAGCUCAUGGUGACGCUUGCUGCCAGACGACUGAUUUAUCUUUUAGUUAUAGUAGAUAUGUGUGUGUGUUUAGGAUUAUAGUUAUAUGUAGUUGCUAAAAGAAAAGAGAUAUUUAAAUUUAAGCUGCAACAAAGCGAACUGACAUUUAACUUCUGGCUAAGAAGUUUCUUACAUAUAGUACAUGCAACUAUCCAUACAUAUGUAUGUAUGUAUAAGGGGCGUUUCAUACCAAAACGGACGGGGUUCACACUUCAU